GCAAGCCAGUCGAAAAACUACGAUCUGCUGGUGAUGGACAUUCAAUCGCCGUCCACCCUUCGGCAUUCCCACUCUCACGGCGUCUCAUUUUCAAUGACGGAAUUGUUCUACAUGAUCGUCGGCGCCGUCAUCCCGGCCAUCCUCGCCUCCGGACACAGCCAU